UCCAGUCCAGCGAAGAUGCAUUGGCAACGAAGCACAAACCAAACCAUUCCCAGACAAGCUGGAUCUCCAGCUUUUCUUGAGCGAAAUUCCUCUUCGUCUGCUUCAUCCCCGCCGCGACAACCACAACCACCACCACCACCACCACAGCCGAAGUCCACUCCGCGUGAGCGCGUCCACGCCCCAGUCCCCUCGUCGCGCACGCUUCCUCCACCGCCGGCGGCCGCGACGAUGAAGGACAAGAUGAAGGAUUUCAUGAAGAGGGUCACCUCCUCCUCGACGCCUUCCACCUUCAAGGGCCCCUCCCACGUCCUCGGCUCCGGCCCCUCCCCAUCCGCCUCCCGCCCAUCAAACCCUAGCCCUAACCCCAGGCCCGCCCCCAAGCAGCCCUCGCCACCGCCAGCGUCCGGGCCCGCCACCGAUUUCACCCCGUUCACGCCCUUCAUCUCCUCCUCGGCCUCGCGCCGCCCCGACGCCGAGGCCAACGGGGAGACCGUCGCGUGCCCGAGCUGCGGGGACCCGUUCCCGUCCGAGCUCGCCGUCUCGGAGCACCUCGACGGCUGCCUCGCAUCGGCGGGGGGCGCGCGCGCGCGCGUGGCCGCGUACCUCGCCGCCGACCCGCCCGCGGCCGCCGUGGAUGUCGUGAAGCGGCUGCUCGGGAACCUGCUGAAGGAGCCCGGGAAUGACAAGUUCAGGAGGGUGAGGCUGGGCAACCCGCGGAUCAAGGAGGCCGUGGCGGACAGGGAGGGCGGGGUGGAGCUCUUUGAGUCGGUCGGGUUCAGGAUCGGGGACGAGGAUGGGGAGCUGUUCGCCGUGAUGGACGAGGUGCCUAGUGACGCGAAGCUUGGCGGGAUCAGGCAGGCCGUGCUCCUGCUCGAGAGGGCCUGGCCCUCCGCGCCCGCACAGGUGGAGCCUUAUGCCAAGGAGACCUGCAGCAAUGGGGUUGAUGGACAGGAGGAGGUUAAGAAGACCAUUGAUCGGCAGAUUCGGGUAUUCUUCUCUGCUCUCGGAAGUUCUGUUGCAGAAAAUGAUUUGCCAGAUUCCUUUUACAAUCUUAGCGGUGUGGAAAUAAGGAAUGAAGCAAAGAUGAGGAGGGAAAGGUUAGAACAAUCUCGGCUGCUAGUUCCAAGGUCUUACAAGGAGAAGCAGGCAUUGGCUGCUAGACAGAAGUAUAAGCAAGCAGUCAUUCGAGUUCAGUUUCCAGAUAGAGUAAUUCUCCAGGGUGUGUUCCUUCCAGGAGAGCCCACCGGUUCACUAUAUGAGUUCGUCGCUUCUGCUCUGAAGCAGCCAGGUUUGGAGUUUGAACUUAUCUGUCCAGCCGUUCCUAAGCCGCGCGUGGUACCUCAUUUUCCGAAACCAGGAGAGCGGCCACGCACUCUGCAAGAGGACGACCUAGUCCCUUCUGCACUCCUCAAAUUCAAGCCCAAGGAGACCGAUUCAGUCGUGUUCACUGGUCUGCUUGACGAGCUUCUCGUCGCCAGUGAACCGCUUACAGCUGCAUCCUCAUGAGCUGUAAAUAGCAGUUAAUUGGUGGGCGAAUCCUGACUUCCUUUGUGCACAACAUAUUUGGUCGAUUUUUCGACAGAAUUGUAGCUAACGGGUUUAUGUAGUCUGGAACUCACCUGAUACAUAUUAUAAUGCUUGACCUCGACAUACUGCGUGGUAAGACAGUUGAAGAACUCGCAAUGUCCAUGUACAACUGGAUUUUAAGUGGGUCGGGCUGUUAAAUGUACAACUGCAAUACAUGGAAAGAUUGCUUGAUUUUACUGUUGUGAA